AGACCCCGAGUCGCGCUGAAAAUUUAAUUAUCCGACCCUAAUAGUCACCGGUUAACCUCUUGAGUACAUACCAUUACUCAUUCUUGCAGUGUUGCAUUUUCAACGUAAUUCUACACCUGUUCAUUGAGGGUGGCAGCCGUUUAAUUAUUCAAUGUGUUCGCCGUCCUUGUCGCGCUCGCCUCUAUGUAGUGUGUGCGAGAGAGACGGAGCUAUACAGUUGGAACUCUGAAGGUAGGACGGUGUUCAGUCGCGCGGUGGAGUCGCACGAGAGCGGUCGGCUCGCGAUGCGCGCCAGAAUCAUAUCGCCGGCAGCGAUGCUCUCUCGCAGACACAACUUUCGGAAAACUAAAAAGUUAAUCAUUUAAAUGAGACGGAAGUCAUUUGAUGUGUAUUUUUUUAUUUUGUUUCAACUAGACAUUAUUUAUGUUUAGCUGAUGACCGAUCCGAAGGUCGCGUUCUUUAAUCGAUGAACAAUUAAAUACGUGUCCACUGUCCCGUGUACGUAGCCGACUGUUUUUGAUAUAUAUUUUAUCAUAAGUGCCAACGUAAAGUUAAGGUUUACAAGGACCAAAUUUUCAUUAACAUUUAGGUACAUGGAAUAUGGGCAUCUGUUUAGACACUGAACAAAACAAUGAAGAACUGGAGACGGUCGGAGAGCGCAGUCGUCGUGAGAGCACGUGGCCCGCGACUCCUUCCGGCGUGCCCUUCCCCAUGCAGAACUCCAGCCACGUCAAGUUCGAACCCCCCGCGGUGCCCGUUAUAUUCGUACUGGGUGGUCCUGGCAGUGGGAAGGUGACACACUGUGAUAACCUGAUGCAGGAGAGGCGCGGGAUGGUCCACAUCAACAUGACGGACCUCCUGCAGCAGUACGCCAUCGGCAACGUUUACCCUCCGCCAGACAUGCUAGACUUUGGCACGCUGUCUAGCAAGACGGUGACCGAGGUCCUGAUGUUGGAGAUGAAAAUGGCCCCCACAGCUCGGACGUAUCUGGUGUCCGGAUACCCCAGAUCCAUGAGGGACGUUGCGGAGUAUUCUGAUAAGAUCCAGACUAUAAGUGGUGUGGUGCUCGUCAGCUGGCGCCAACGCGUCCUGGAGCGUCAGAUCGAGUACGGCGCCCGCCUGGGGCAGGUCGUGCUCAGCCUGGCUAAGAUGGAGCUCAGCAACUUCUACAAACACGUCAUGCCAGUCGCUGAUUACUUCGACCAGAGCAACAUGCUCAUUGCCGUAAACGGUGAAAGAAAUCCGGAAGAAGUAUACAGAGACUUUAAAGCUGCGGUCCUCCAGAUCCUCGGGUCCUAUGAAGAUCAGAACAGCAACGGAAUCGGUGUUGGCGCUAGAGGAAUUCAAGGUGAAAUAGUUGGUGUUGAACCAGCGCCGACAAGAGACCAGGAAAGUCCGCGGCCAGUCACACAACAUGUCGAUAUCGAUGAUUCAAUGCCAAACGAGCCGGUCACUAUAGUGCAAGCGCCAGUCACGGUCGCGCCGGUGCCAAGACAUGUGCCCAAUGGCAACGUAGGAAACGCCGAGAGGAUAGUUAGUCCAAAAGCUGAAGUUAUCAGAGUACGUGGUGCAGCCACCUCUACCCCGACGCUGUGGGUGGUGGGAGGACCCGGGAGCAAUAAGGCAGCGCUCUGCCAACGAGCGGUCGAGCAACGGCAGGGCUGGACACACUUCAGUGUUGGCCAACGUCUCCGAGCGUUGGCGGAUGUCGGCGGUGGGUUGGCCUCGGAUGGUGCUCUGGCUCGAACGGCUGUGACUGGCGGCGAGUUGGCGCCUCACGACCUGGUCACCAAGCUGGUAAACACAGCGGUACAGGACGCCACGCGAACCGGACAUGGGAUCGUACUUGACGGAUACCCCAGAGACCUGGAGCAGAUGACACUGUAUGAACGUGAGUUCAAGGUCACUCCUCGUAUGGUUCUCCUGGACUGCUCCAAGCUACAGCUCGGCCGAGGUCGGAGGGACGACUCAGUGGCCGCAUUCAGGAGACGCCUGGAGGUGUUCAGGGAGCUGAGUCUGCCCAUGCUGAAGAACUUGGACCAGCAACAUCGACUCGUUAUAGUGGACGGUGACACGGACUCCGCUGACGUGCAGGCGGAGUUCACGAGAGUCCUGCUAGAGGAGAUGGAGAGAGCUGAAGAGAUCUCCAAGAUACCCUCAGAUCAUAAUCAACGAACGGAAGAAAACCAUUUUAAUAGAAGAGACGGUACCGCAGUACAGCAGUUUGCCCACGUGGUGUCGCGGGUGGGGACGACGCUCGCUAACGGUACGGCCAGGAAUGGAGCCGCCAAUGGGAGCAUUAAUGGUUUUAUUGGCGUGCACACCAAUAAGGUAAAACCGAUGGUAAGCAACGCGUCAAAGAUACCUAGCGUGUCACAAAUGACGCACGACGACGUACGACGGCUGUACGAACAGAGCUCUGGUGAGAUAGCUCUGAACACGCACAUGUAGAGACAUGUAGAGACAUCACACUCUAUGGUCAACCCGUGAAAAUAUAUGGAAAUAAUGUGAAGCGUAACAGAUCGUAGUUACGUAUAUUUUAGUGAUUAUAACGUGGGCCAUGAUAAGUGAAUUAUAUGUAAACUAUUAAUAUCACGUAGUUAUAUAGAUGGUAGGUUUAAUAUAGAAAAAACAAUUUUAUAAUGGAUUACAUAAUAAGUACGAAUUAGAGAAGCGUAUGCUUAUAUAACAACUAGGAAGUUAACACUUUAAGUUAUAAAAAACUCUUUGAGUGAACCGACACAGAGGAUGACAGUAUUGGCUAUCCGUCAAAGGAUCUGCUGUCGAAUGUGAUGAGAUUAAUUUAGAAAAUAUAAACCGUUCCUAGUCUUAGGAAGAAAUAAAUUUGUUCAGGAGGUAAGUAUUGAAGAAGCAGGGUGACGGUUGACAUGCGCGGAGACGGAAACACGACGAGGUGGUUAUAACAAAGAUCGGUACGUUUAGACUUAGAACAAGUAGGCAUGAGCAAACCACGUACGGAGCGUCAAUAGUUAACGUGUUGACGUGAGUCACUUAAUGAGAAACGCUUCGUGUGUUUGAGAAUGCGCUCUUGUGGUAAGGAUAACGGAAUCAAAACUACUUUUACUAAAGACAUUACACUAGUCAACAACUGAGUAACCAUCAACACUUGUACAGCCGGGUGAGAUAUUAUUUGACAAUUUGGUAUACGGUGUGGAGAUUGAGAAAGAAACUUAGAAAAAUAGAAGUGAUGAAGGUAAGGCGUACAAAAAUAACACAGUAAAUAUAAUAAGGUCCGAUAUAUCAUGAACUAUACGAGUUUUUAUGAAUAAUACUUAGCUUGUAAGCGGAACGCACACGAGUACAGUGCCUUAAAGCACGUUAAUUUAUCAGUAGUUAUAAUAACUGUAUAGAUUAAGUGUUUAUUGUAAGACGAGUCGAUUUUAAGGAAGCCGUACCUACAACGAGCCUUAUCUGUGCCUUGACUUUACACCAAAGGAAAUAUAAUUUGGAAGAAAUUUUACGUUAUAAUUAAUUUGUAUCUAUUAGGGAUUUUGUUUUAUUUACAGUGUAUAUACGAGUAUAACUUUGUGUAUCAAAAUCUAAAUUACAGCCUUACCAAGUUACGAACCCGGGUUCAGUCCAAGGCUGUCCGUUUACGACUAUAAUUGUUAUUCUAUAAAGCCUUGCAACCUUACGAUUGGCUUUAUAAGAACCCUUCUAAACUAGCCCUUCGCCAUGGAUAUAGCCUCUAUUUAUCCAGGAUAACGAAAAAAUUAAUAUUUCGUAAAUCCUAAUAAUAUCGAUACUAGAUUUAUUUCAAACAUUUUCUUUAAUUCCUCCUUACUCUAUAUUAUAAAUGUAAUAAAAAAUUAUGUAUUAAUAUUUAAACUAUGAAACGAAUUUAAUAUAUAGUUUUAAGGUCAUUAUACAUUUUAAAUAUUAUUUUUUUUAACACGUACAUAUAUAUAAUAAGAAUUCAUUCAAAAAAAAAUAUUCGACCUCAGUAAUAAAUAUUUGUAAUUAUUUACGAGCGUAGACAACAUUUUAUUUUUCUGUUUCAUUGGUUAUAUAUAAAAAAAUAAAUUACAUUUUAUAUUAUAUUUAAAAAUAACGAAAAAAAUCAUGUACUUUUAAAUAUUAAAAAAAAAAUUGUCAUCUAUAUACAAUAAGUUAUAAGACAUAUCCACACAUAAUAUAAUGUACCAUAAGUACGUCACGUAGGAAACCACAGGGGCCAACUUAGGUUUAGACCGGUUAUGUACGCACUUAUAUAUAAUAUGUUAUAAUUGAAGGAUGACAAUUACGACAUAUCAAAUGAUUUUAAUGAAAAUACUCGAAAAACACGGAUGAAAAUCAUAAUGGGAUCAAAGAAUUCUACACGGUUUGUUGUAACGUCAAAUAUAAAUUAUUUCAGAUGCCCAAAUAAGACCUGAGAUCCACAAACUGUCAAAACAUCUAUUUUACCGAUAACAUAAGUUACCUAAUGUCUCGUCACUCGCAACUUAGUGGUAACACAUUUGUUGUAUGUAAUUUUUUGUUUUUUAUAUUAAUAAAGCACUUUUUACUACCGA